AUGCAGAACUUUUACUCACUUUUAACAGCUUUCUCGAUUUUCCUACAGACCAAAAAAAGUAGCAAGUCUCGUGCUGCUGAUGGUUAUCUAGCCAAGGCAACUGCCCUGGGGUACUUCUCUCAGGUGGUAAAUUUGCUAAGAGAACGCUACAGUGAUUCGCUUCAAGACUCGAAGCUGGAUCAUUUAGUUGUCCAUGCUGAUGCUGCCACUGGGCUCAAGAACAUUCAUGACGGAGCUCUGCUUACGAUGAUGUGGCACACAUUUGGUAGAGCGAUUGACACGUGCUUUGCUAGAAAGCAACAACUAUCGGUGGCAGCUUCUGGUGUCUCUAUUUACAAGUCUGCAGAACGCUGGGAGCAAUGCAUGCUCCAUGCAUUUGGCAUGCUUUUUGUCUGCUACGAUGAGCCGUCCGAGUACCUAUUUCCGCUCGUUCCUCGGUACGCGGUGUCCGAAUUUCCUGGCAGCCAGACGUACACGCAGGAAGAAGCUCCGUUUAAACAUGAACGCAAACGUCCGAAUAUUGCAGGUUACGAAGUGACGCCCAACAUGACCAGCCAUUCCUUGCGUCGUGAGGCUGCUGCAUAUGCUAACGCGUCUCCGAAGCUUGCGAUCCAGUGGAUAUCAACACGAGGCGCGUGGCUGUUGGACUCGUUGACUAAAGCGUUUGCAUACUAA